AUGGGCGGAGAGUCUGCCGCUGUGCGCUGUUAUUAUUGUAAGAGAGUAUUCUUUUUUUUCUUUUUUUUUUACACGAAAAUGGCGUCUAGUCAGGGAGGUGUGGGAGCUGUCACCGCUCUACAAAGCCAUCACUACGCUAGCGGACCUCACUGGAGCCCGGGCAUCAACCAGUACCAGCACCACCAGCAGCAGCAGCACCACACGGCCCGCAGCCUGGACCGGGCUUUAGAGGAUGCCGUGUGCUCGGGGAUACUGAACCUGAGCGGGAGGAAGCUGAGGGAGUACCCGGGGAUGAGCUACGAUCUGACCGAUACAACACAAGCAGAUCUGUCCAAGAACCGUCUCACAGAAAUCCCUCCAGAAGUGUGUCUGUUCGCCCCCCUCGAGUCUCUCAACCUCUACCACAACUGCAUCAAGUGCAUCCCAGAAGCCAUUAUCAAUCUGCAGAUGCUGACUUAUCUUGAUAUCAGCCGAAAUCUCUUAUCAGUUUUGCCAAAAUACCUGUUCAACCUCCCCCUCAAAGUUCUGCUUGUGAGCAACAACAAGCUCGUGUCCAUCCCCGAGGAGAUCGGCAAGGCCAAAGAGUUGAUGGAACUGGAUGUGAGCUGUAAUGAGAUCCAGGUGCUGCCAGCUCAGGUGGGGAGGCUUGUAGCCUUACGAGAACUCAACAUCAGGAAGAAUUGUCUUCACAUGCUGCCUGAGGAGUUGGCUGACUUGCCUCUCAUUCGACUUGACUUCUCCUGCAAUAAGAUCACAGAGAUUCCUCCAGCCUACAGAAAACUCAGGCAAUUGCAGCACAUCAUCCUAGACAACAAUCCUAUGCAGUCUCCACCGGCACAGAUUUGUCUUAAGGGCAAAGUGCACAUAUUCAAGUACUUGAACAUCCAGGCAUGUCGGUUGGAUAAGAAACCGGACACUCUGGACCUUCCCUCCCUCGGCAAACGUUGCCUUCCACAGCCGCUUACAGAUAGCAUGGAAGAUUUUUAUCCCAGUAAGAACCAUGGGCCUGACUCUGGAAUUGGUAGUGACAAUGGUGACAAAAGGCUGUCUACAACAGAGCCUUCAGAUGAUGACACAGUCAGCCUGCACUCUCAGGUUUCAGAGACAGCCCGUGCUGAUGCCCUCUCGCUCCUCUCCAAAAUGGACUCGUGCAAAGAUCAGGAUCUCUAUGACUUUAUAGAGCCCAACCCACACGAGGAUCCUGCUCUGUCAGAGUGUGAUGGGCAUCAAAACACCCAUGUGUCUUGUAUAAAGGAGCUGGAAAAAGUUCUUAACAUGUCUCACCAAAGCAAAGAUAAAGACAGCUGGAAAGAGGAGUCUGGUUCUGACAAGGAGCAGCUAGUUGAGGAAGAGGAUGAUGAGCUGAAGGAAGUGCUGGAUCUGAGGAAGAUUGCUGUUCAACUUUUGCAGCAGGAGCAGCAGAAUAGACGGCGGUCCUUAAUUUGCAGAGCAGAGAGUCUUAUUCACCGACGGAGAGUGACUGGCCGUGCUCACAGAUUCCUGAGUCACUCUGGAAGUUCCAGCAACAAACCGAGGCCGCCACCUCAAACAGCUCGAAGUGCUUCUCUGGAUGAAGGAAGCAGUGGAGCAUCAGUGCUGAGUGGACAGCCUUCAUCCUCCUGCUCCUUUGAUAGCAGCCUGAAGACAGAUCAGUCAGAUUCAGAGCCAAAGUGGCCCGAAGUCCCACCUGUUCUAAAUCAGAAUGAAGAUCGGCGAAGGACCAAGUACCUUAGAAAAGAUUAUCUGAAGUACAAGUGUCAGAGCGCUCGGAAAAACUCUAGUGGAAAUGAUGAUUGUGAGGAGGGCUUGCGCAAUGCAGAUUUUAGCACCACCCUAACAGUGUUUGGACUAAAGCCAAGAUCAGCCUUCACCAGAGGAAGCCGACAAGAGUACAGUUCGACAGAUCCCAGUUUCACUAUGAGGAGGAAGAUGGAGCACUUGAGAGAGGAAAUGGAACAGAUAGGACUCCUACGGCAGAACAUCGAGUCUAGACUGAAGGUGUUACUCCCAGAUGAUGUUGGAGCUGCUCUCAUGGACGGGGUUGUCCUUUGCCAUUUAGCCAAUCACAUUUGUCCUCGGUCAGUCGCCAGUAUCCAUGUACCAUCGCCUGCAGUGCCAAAGCUUAGCAUGGCUAAAUGCCGCAGGAAUGUGGAGAACUUCUUGGAUGCCUGUAAGAAGCUGGGUGUCACACAGGACAAGCUGUGUCUGCCCCAUCACAUCCUGGAAGAGCGUGGUCUGGUGAAGGUGGGUGUGACUGUUCAGGCUCUGCUGGAUCUGCCGACAUCAAAGCCCACACAACUGUCGGCUAUUUGACACAAGCCUGAAGUCAUCCAGCCUGCACCGCCCUUCCCCAGCCCCUAACAUAUCUCCUCCAA